AUGUGGUUACUCAGAGGUUUUGUUUUCCUCUUAGUUCUGUGCCUGCUGCACCAGUCAAAUAGUUCCUUAAUCAGGCUGAAUCAUAAUGGUUUUGAAGAUAUUAUCAUUGUAAUAGAUCCUAGCGUGCCAGAAGAUGAAAAAAUAAUUGAACAAAUACAGGAUAUGGUCACUACAGCUUCUACUUACCUGUUUGAAGCCACAGAAAGAAGAUUUUUUUUCAAAAAUGUAUCUAUAUUAAUUCCUGAAAAUUGGAAGGAAAAUCCUCUGUACAAAAGGCCAAAACAUGAAAACUAUGAACACGCUGAUGUUAUAGUUGCACCACCUACGCUCCCAGGUAGAGAUGAACCAUACACCAAGCAGUUCACAGAAUGUGGAGAGAAAGGCGAACACAUUCACUUCACCCCUGACUUUCUACUUGGGAAAAAACAAAACGAAUAUGGACCACCAGGCAGACUGUUUGUCCAUGAGUGGGCUCACCUCCGGUGGGGAGUGUUUGAUGAGUACAACGAAGAUCAGCCUUUCUACGGUGCUAAGUCAAAAAAAAUCGAAGCAACAAGGUGUUCUGCAGGUAUCUCUGGUAUAAAUAGAGUUUAUAAGUGUCAAGGAGGCAGCUGUAUUACUAGAACAUGCAGAAUCGAUUCUAAAACAAAACUGUAUGAAAAAGAUUGUCAAUUCUUUCCUGAUAAGGUGCAAACAGAGAAAGCAUCCAUAAUGUUUAUGCAAAGUAUUGAUUCUGUUGUUGAAUUCUGUAAAGAAAACACCCAUAAUCAAGAAGCUCCAAGCCUACAAAACAAAAAGUGCAAUUUUAGAAGUACAUGGGAGGUGAUUAGCAGUUCUGAGGAUUUUAAUAACACCAUACCCAUGGUGACACCACCUCCUCCACCUGUCUUCUCAUUGCUGAAGAUCAGUCAAAGAAUUGUGUGCUUAGUUCUUGAUAAGUCUGGAAGCAUGGCGGUCAUUGGAGAGCUACGCCCCCACCUCGAUGGAUCUGAAGUAGUGCUGCUGACUGACGGGGAGGACCACACUGCAAGUUCUUGUAUUGAUGAAGUGAAACAAAGUGGGGCCAUUGUUCACUUUAUUGCUUUGGGAACAGCUGCUGAAGAAGCAGUGAUAGAGAUGAGCAAGAUAACAGGAGGACAUCAUUUUUAUGCUUCAGAUAAAGCCCAGAACAAUGGCCUCAUUGAUGCUUUUGGGGCCCUUACAUCAGGAAAUACUGAACUCUCCCAGAAGUCCCUUCAGCUUGAAAGUAAGGGAUUAACACUGAACAGUAAUCCCUGGAUGAACGACACCGUCAUAAUUGACAGUACAGUGGGAAAGGACACAUUCUUUCUCAUCACAUGGAGCAGUCUGCCUCCCAGUAUUUCUCUCUGGGAUCCCAAUGGAACAAUCAUGGAAAAUUUCACAGUGGAUGCAACUUCCAAAAUGGCCUAUCUCAGUAUUCCAGGAACUGCAAAGGUGGGCACUUGGGCCUACAGUCUUCAAGCCAAAGCAAACCCAGAAACAUUAACUAUCACAGUAACUUCUCGAGCAGCAAAUUCUUCUGUGCCUCCAAUCACAUUGAAUGCUAAAAUGAAUAAGGACAUAAACAGUUUCCCCAGCCCAAUGAUUGUUUACGCAGAAAUUCUACAAGGGUUUGUACCUGUUCUUGGAGCCAAUGUGACUGCUGUCAUUGAAUCACAGAGUGGACAUACAGAAGUUUUGGAGCUUUUGGAUAAUGGUGCAGGCGCUGAUUCUUUCAAGAAUGAUGGGGUCUACUCCAGGUAUUUUACAGCAUAUACAGAAAAUGGCAGCUACAGCUUAAAAGUAUGGGCUCAUGGAGGAGCAAACACUGCCAGGCUAAGCUUACAGCCUCCACUGAAUAGAGCCGCGUAUAUACCAGGCUGGGUAGUGAAUGGGGAAAUUGAAGCAAACCCGCCAAGACCUGAAAUUGAUGAGGAUACUCAGACCACCUUGGAGGAUUUCAGCCGAACAGCGUCUGGAGGUGCAUUUGUGGUGUCACAAGUCCCAGAAUAUUUCUUGGAUGACCUACAUCCACCAAGUCAAAUCACAGACCUUGAUGCCACACUUCAGGAGGAUGAGAUUAUUCUUACAUGGACAGCACCAGGAGAUAACUUUGAUGUUGGGAAAGCUCAACAUUAUAUCAUAAAAAUAAGUGGAAGUAUUCUUGAUCUAAGAGACAGUUUUGAUGAUGCUCUUCAAGUAAAUACUACAGAUCUGUCACCAAAGGAGGCCAACUCCAAGGAAAUCUUUGCAUUUAAACCAGGGAAUAUCUCAGAAGAAAAUGCAACUCACAUAUUUAUUGCUAUUAAAAGCAUAGAUAAAAGCAAUUUGACAUCAGAAGUAUCCAACAUUGCACAAGUAGCUUUGUUUACCCCUCAAGCAAAUCCUGAUGACACUUAUCCUACUCCUACUCCUACCCCUACCCCUACUCCUACUCCUACUACUGAUAAAAGUCAUAAUUCUGGAGUUAAUAUUUCUACUCUGGUAUUGUCUGUGAUUGGGUCUAUUGUAAUUGUUAACAUUAUUUUAAGUACCACCAUUUGAACCUUAAGGAAGAAAAAAAUCUUCAAGUAGACCUAGAAGAGAGUUUUAGAAAACAAUGUAAGUAAAGGAUAUUUCUGGAUCUUAAAAUUCAUCCCUUGUGUGAUCAUAAACUCAUAAAAAUAAUUUUAAGAUGUCUGAAAAGGAUACUUUGAUUAAAUAAAAACACUCAUGGAGAUGUAAAAAACUGUCAAGAUUAAAAUUUAAUAGUUUUAUUUUUUGUUAUUUGUAAGACAUAGUGAUGAACAAAGAUCCUUUUUCAUAUUGUUACCUGGUUGUUUAUUAUUUGAUACAACAUUUUUCUGAAAUAUUUCAAAUUUCAUCAAGAAAUUAAAAUUAUCUAUUUGAGUAGUCAAAAUACAAGUAAAGGAGAGCAAAUAAACAACAUUUG